AUGGAACAGCCCGAACCAUCAACACCUACCGAUAUACCGACUGCUGUUCCCCAUUCAUCUACCGACCCUCCUACCCAUCCCACUGCAGCCGGGUCGAGUCAAGCAAACAACCUCGACCAUACCUCCAACUCUGUACCCUCACUCCGAUUCCCCCGGCCCUUAGGUAACCGGCAGCUUACGAACUGGAUCUCGUCCAGCUCUCCCGACAUUAUGCAGCCAGAAAACUUCCCCGACGAUGACCCCAGCCUGGCUGAGCUGGGCUACGACGUCAUCGGUACCGAUGGCGAAAGCCAGGCCGAGUCUACCGCCAGCUCCCUCGACUAUCAAAGGACUGACGAUGUUCAGAGCCUAGUUGGUACCGAUACCGGCACCGAUGUCGAUGCCAACGAAGUCGAUACCGACUCUUCCGACGAUGAAGAGGAGGAGGAGGAGGCUACUACACUAAACGAAACCGCUGUAAUCAGCACAGUUAACGACGCCAUUGUAGAAUAUCCCGCUGAGUCCGAUGAUGAAGAUGCCGACGUGGAGACACUCGCGAAUCAAAGCCUUGAGCACCCUACAAACUUCUCCCAGCAUGGCAUCCUAAGUUUACCACGCCGGGCAGAGAUCGACCAAAGCCAGGCCCGGGAAGCCCUUGCAGAAAUGCACAAGUUACCUUCUCAAGAUACAGCACUGGGAAAAGAAGAUGAUGUACAUCUGCUUUCUCCUGAAUACGAGGAUUCAGAGGAUCGUAUUUCGGAAAGUUAUCGCUCGACACUGAGGUUUAUUCAAGGGAAUUACCGUAUCUUAAUUGCCCUGUCCGGAUUUGCUGUUUUCUACGGCCUAGUCAUCACUGGGAAAUAUUUCCUGUCUAGCCCACCGACCCCUAAAGUCCUAUCUACGGUCCCGGUAGCCUCGAUCUCUUCCGCGGCCGUUCUCUCUCCCCUUGGAAAUCCCAUAUCUACUUCUGUAUUCACACCAGCUUUAACCAAUACUCAAACCCAAAAGGCGUUGCAGACUAGUAGUACUUCGCCAAGUAGCCUUGUUUUGAUGUCAUUUGGGAAAGAUAAGGACCAGACGGACGUCACCAAUCAGUCCCAACGACAGACCAUCUGUUCAGCAGAACUAUAUGAUCGAAAUGAGAUCCUAGUAAAGAUCCCCCAGAGUAUCAAGUCUGCCUGGCUCUCAAAAGACGCCAUAUUAAUUGCCGUAAGUCGGGGCCUGUACGAUAUCCCAACCAAGGUGGCCUCUGUAGACGAGGGCUUCUUGAUCCAGGUACCUCUCGAGGAGGCGUAUAAUAUCCUGGCCGUAUCUAUUGCCACGACUUCGAAGCCUAAGGUUAAGGAGACCUUUCACGUCGACUUCGGUAGGAACAAAUUCAUAGAUGCUCUUGAUGCUGGAAAGCAGCUGGUCAGGGACUUCGCGCAGAAGUUUGUCGACACCGUCAACGAGACAACGGCAUGGGUUGAGGAGACCUAUAUACCGGCUCUGGAUGUUAUGUCGAAACAAGUCUGCAGUCAAACGUCAUCCGUCUCCGACACCUUAUUUCAGGGAUUUAAAGAUGUCGCUAACGCCGUCCUCGGCCUCCCUUCCCAUCUUAUCUCGCAGAUUAUUGCCCAGAUUAAGGAGUCCUUCGUCAACGACGAUCUUACACGACGUCAGCAUCAAGCACGGUUAGAGCUUGUGAAAGGGGCUCGAGACCUCCGUGACGAGCUUACGUUACGCUACCUUUCUGCGCAGCUCAGAUCCAAGCUCUGGUGGCUUCGAGUACAGGGGAAGACGGAUGAAUACCAACAUUAUCUCUCGAAGGCCGAGGCCUACUUAAAAGAGAGGACUGUCGAAGCCAAAGCAGCUAAGCAGGAAAGAGCCGAGUAUGUCAAGAAACAGGCACGGUCACGGCAAAAGAAUGAACACGAGGAGACGAAAGGCUCUUUCUGGAACAAGCGCACGAGGGCCUCCUGGGCGUAA